AUUUCUCGGCGUGGGUUAAGUGAGCACUGCUCGAUUCGACCAAUCCAGCAUGAGUCUCUACAGUAACCCUGUAAUGGUAACAAUAAGUGUCCGAUAUCUCUCCGAGCAGCCCUGAACCAUCUACAAUUAGGCUGCCCAGACUUCUGUCUCGAGAAAGGUAUAAAUAAGGACAUUCAGUCUCUCUGUAGAUGAGUUCUUUGUCACCAUCAAUCAGUCUCUUUCUUCCUAAGCUCUCUACCAUUCUCCAAAGCUAGCAGUAUAUCUAUCUUCGUUAAUCAUUGUACCUUUGAGCCCUUACACCAUCAUCACUAUGUCUGACUUCACUGAAAAGAAUCGCCAGUACUUCGACAAGAUGGCCACUACCUACAUUGACGAAUUCAAGGAGUUCGUGGACGCGAAUUCCAGAGAAGUUCUGAAUCGCCGCGCAUGGAUCAGUGAUACCUGGACCGACACUGAGUCUGGCAAGGGUAAGGUGAUCAAGAUGCUCGAGUAUGCCUGCGGACCGGGUCCUAUCUCCAUGGCUCUAGCACCCUUUUUAACAAAGAUCGUCGGCAUGGAUGUUUCAGAUGGCAUGGUCAGCGAGUUCAACAGGAACGCACAAGAGGCGGGCUUAGGGGCCAAGAUGACUGGCGUCAAAGCUGAUCUUCUCGCCGAAACGGGUUCAGAAGAGCUCUCUGCAGCCGAAUACAACAACUUCGACCUUGUGGUCGUUAGUAUGGCGCUUCACCACUUUGAAACCCCCGAGUUGGCCUUGGUCCGCUUGGGCGAGCGCCUCAAGAAAGGUGGUGCACUGAUGGUCCUGGACAUUCUCGCGCAGGGGUACCACGAUCACCAUCACCAUCAUCAUCACCAUGAUGAGCACCACGGUGAGCACCAUGAUUCAACACAUCAGAAGCUUGACUUCGGCGAAGCUGAGCACACCAUUGGAAGUCAUGGUUUCACACUGGAACGCAUUCAGCAGCUCUAUGAGAAUGCCGGAUUGGGUCUGAAUUUCCAGAGUGAGUUGUUGGAGCAUAAGAUGGCAUUCAAGAUCCAUGAGAAGCUGCCAAAGACCUUGUUUCUUGCUCGGGGACAGCGCUGCUGAAUGCAUCUAGCGACUUAGUCAGUAUCACGAGGAUGACAGAUCAGAGAUCAU